AAAGAGAAGAUUUCACAAUACGGUACUGGAUCCAACUUAUCAGGUGGGAAUGACCUCUCAAAAAACCCAAAGAUCAUGGGAAGAGAUAUAUAACAAAUCUCUUGAGGAAUACCAAACUCUACCACAGACCACAGACGAAGAAGGACGUUUUGCAGUAUUUGGAGUGGCUGAUGCACUGAUGGAGAUAUCAGAGGAAGACUUGUCGGAAUAUUGUACCAACGAUGAGGAUUCCUCCGAAAACCGCAAUGAAGAUAACGCGGUUCAGCAUUUACAAAAUCCUGGGGUAGAACAAUCGACGUGUUCCAAUUUUAACACAGAACACGACAAAAAUACGAGUAGGACGUUUUACGUUGAAGAUGGUAAUAAAAUUAUAUUUGAAAAAUCCGGACAAACAGUGAACGAUGUAAUCGAAAUGAUUGUAGCGUAUCAUUUAAGAUUCGGCGAUUCUCUGGAAGCUCGGAGAACAUUAAUAGGAAUGUUUAAAAUUUGUGCAGGGCCUCAUUUCAAAAAUUUAAAUUGGUCCGAUUAUAAAAUUUUCCAAGUAUCUGAUCCUCCGCCUGAGAAAUUAAAAUUUCAUUUUUAUUGUACUCAGUGUAUGAAGAAGGUAUUACUUUCUUCUGACAAAAGAGGUAUUAAAGGUCAAUCAUUGUGUGCUAUUUGUCAGGCGGAGCAUUGUAUGAAACUUAGCAAUCCAAAUCAUUUUUUGACAGUAGAUUUCGAACAUGUAUUGCGAACCCUUCUGGAAAAUGAUGAAAUCGCUGGUUUUUUAAUCCUGAAAGUGAAAAAUUUCUAACGGCUGAAACAAAUGCCGGAGUCAUGCGGGAUGUUCAUCACAAUUUUUUGCACAAAAAAGCAGUGAAGAUGUAUCCCAACACAAUAACGUAUUGUAAUGUGGUGGAUCGGUAGCUCCCCCACAUUAAAGGGAAAUCGCGUCCUCGAAGAGGAAGGAGU